CGCCCUUUUUAUUAUAAAGCGGAACUGUUGUGUUGUGGUUUGAGGGGAAGGAUUUUCAGACCGGACUCGGCUGCUGCUUACAUCUUUCAGGAUAGAGGCUGCUCCGCAGGUGGAGGGAUGAGUCUCUCCCCUGUGAUUGGCACAGAAGUGCCAGAAACAGCUAAUGGAGUUGUGAUACCUGUUGCUUCGGAGAAUGGCCCUCAUGUAUCAGUUUCGGUGAAGUGUGGGGGGAGCAGAGCUCCUUGUCUUGGGGAGGCAUCAGAGGACGGCUCUCUCAGACACACAGACAACUAUGUAGAUGUAGAAAACAGAGUUUACGAUGGUGAAGGUCACUUGGAUGCAGAGAUGGCUAUUAAUGAGAGAGCGUCUAGUUUAUCAUUGCACACCCCUCAGGUGACAGACCCCUCCCUCCCCACUGCCACAUGCACAGGAGACUCAGAAUCAGGAUCCAUCAUCAGAUACAUUCAUGAGUCCUCUAACACUGUUGAGCCUCCUGGUGCAGCUCUGCUUUGGGACUCAGCACACACCAAAGACUCACCUCAGCGAGGAGGACCUGUCUCUACAGACAGACAGCAGACAGAGGCAGAGACAGACAGAGGCACUGACAGCCAAGAGGAUGAGGAAGAUGGAGAGAAGGAGAAACAGGAUGAGGAGGAUGAUGAGAAGAAUGAAAACAAGUGGAGGAAUCAGUAUGCAGGAGAGAGAACACAAAUGGAGUCUUCACAACACUACUCGUCCUCAGCCCCUGGUCCUAGCACCUCGUCCUCUUCCUCUCCCCCACCUCCUCUUCUUCCCUCAGAUGAUGGCCCCUGCCCUCCCCAUGUCAUGGCCCAGGUAUGGGUUCGCAACGUGCGAGGGAUGCAGGAUAGCAAAAGCCUGGAUGAAAUCAGCCAAGCGUGUGGAGGUGGUUUGGGUGCCCGGGUAGGGGGCAGAGGUGGUCAGUCAGAGGGCCGACGGGCCACAAUCUCCUCGGCUCUGGAGCUGGAGGGGACAGUCAGCCAUGAUGGAGACCUGACUAACUUUAUCACCAAGAACCUGGAGCAGAAGAUCAAGAUGAGUUCCAAGCCCAGUCUUGACUGCAGUGACUCCGACUGUUCAGGUCCCAUCUACCGAAGUCGGGGGUUAUCACGCAGACCAGCGGAUAUCCCACCCAUUGAUCCUGCUGUCCUGUUGGACCUUCAGAGACACACACAGGAAGUGGCGCACAGUGUGGAGAUGAUGAUGCGGAGCCUCAAUGGAACCAUCCAGAAUAUGACAGCUCUGAGUGUGGGCUACAUCCAGACCUACAGAGACUCGGUUGACAGCCUGGGGGAGUCUGUGGACAUGAGCAUAAAGGGCAUGUACACGCUGAUGGCUCGCUGUGAGGAGUUGGAUCGUUCCAUGCAGCCCAUACACACACUGGCCGCACAGAUCCGUGACAUCAAACGGACCCUGGACACCCUGGAGGCAAUCUGCAAGUAACCCUGCAUGUCUGGUACAAAAACACAUCCCAGCUGCAAAGAUCCAACAUCAAGCACAUCCUGAAUGAGGCUGUCUGCAAGUAACUUCACCCCUCUGCAGGUAGCACACACACACACUGCAGCGAGGAUUCAGUGCACCUCUGGAGUCCUGGAAACAUUGUUACUAGGCAUGCUGGAUGAUUGGCGCUCAUAGUCCCUCUGCUUGUUCAUUGUCUGAAGGUGACCACGUUUGUGUUGUGAGAUCUCAAAUGAAUUGCGCUUGAUUUCCUCUCGGGUCUGAGCUUUUUCUUCUUUUUUCAAAGCAACCUCACUUUCUCUAACAAAAUCUCGCAAAUCAACCAUUUUUUGGGACACUUGGUCAAGUGUGGUCACACACACACACGAAGAUGUGGGGGGUAAAUGCUGUCUCUUCCCACUUUACAGGAGGAACUGUGUGUUGGUAUCCGUCCAGGCCGCUUGGUUCAGAUUGCACUAACCUCUCCUCCCCACAUGGGGGUGAUGUUUCUCUCUCGGUCUCUCUCUGCCCAUGGAGAGGCCGGUAUAUACUGCUCAGAAGACAGUGACUUUUGCAAAGGAACAGAAAGUCUAUUUUUUAAUCUUAUGCAACAACCGAUUCUUUCACUGUAGGCUAAAUGAAAGGAGUGGAGCAUCACAUCUGUCUUUCUGUCUGUAUAUCUUUGUCAUGUUUGUUUAGUUAGAUUUCUCAGCAUGUGUGCUUUUUCAAAAACAAUGCUUCUCUAUGUGAUUGGGAACUGACCAGUACAGCCACUGAACAGCCCCACUGAAGCAUAUGGAGUUUAAGCUCAGAUGCAGCUUAAGGCCAAUGAUCAAGGGUAGGAGUGUUUUGCUUUCAGCACUCAAAUUCUCUCAGACUGUCCAUAAAUUAAAAAAAAAAAACUGACAGCUUUUAAUCACAGGGCUGCUUCUCUAAUUUUAAAGCCUGCACCAUGUGUCUUUUGGGCGAAAAUCUCACUUUCCUCAUCUGGCAAUGCAAUCCAAGAUGUUGCCAUUAACACAACUAGAAAAAUGUUGUAUGUAGCUUUCACAGUGGUUUUAAAUAUUUGAAAAGCCUCAGGUGCUUAUGAUUUAACUUUUAGAUAUUAUCAAGGCAGAUGGAUUUAGCCAACCUGAAGAUUUUUCCUGAAAUUUGAAGCCACUGAAAAUCUUUUCAUUUUCAAGCUUUUUUUAAAAAAUAAUUCUAGCUAACAAACUGCUCAGAGUUAAUAAUUGGAUUGUGUUGAUUCACUUUUGUUUCAGCCAAUUUAAAUAAAUAAUGUAUGUAUUAGAGGAGCUCAAUUUCAAAACACAUUUUUAAUCCAUUAAAUUGAAGAAUGGUUGUCUGCCCCUUGCCAGCCAGUGAUGUAAAUUAGCUGCUAAUCUUCAACCGUUGAUGAAUUACUUUGAGGUUUUGGCUGUAGCUGAAGGUUUUACUCUUGUAAAAUAGAGGACACCAUAAUUUGGAACAAAACUCUACAUUUACUCUGCAUAGACUAUAUGUGUAUUUGAUUCAUAGAAAAUCUGUAAAUUACAUUCGGAGUGCUUAAGGUUUGCUUCUGAUUGCACUGAACAGUCACUGAGAAAUUACUCAACAACAGUUAAGUGUCUGUACUGUGUGUCCUAGCCUUUGUUUUCUUCAGCAUGGAAAAGACUGAGCAAAGGAGAGUUAAAUGUGGGAAUUGUCACUGGAUGGAGUUUGGGUACAGUCUUUGCGUGUGAAUGAACGUGGACUUGUAUCACUUUAAAUUGUUUACAAAGUGAUUAUUCAUUAGGUUACAAGACACUGAAUGACUAUAGUGUCGCCUGGCUGUUACUUCACCAACCUAAAGCCAUGUGCUCUUGUGGAGCAUUAUACUUGAUUCAGUGAAGAGACUGUGGUUCUUCUGCUAUUAAACUGGUGGGUUGCCUUGUAGUAGAUAAUCGUAUGUGUACUAAAUUUUUGUACGUGUAUCUAUUACUGAUGGCAGGCAAUAUGUAAUUUGACUUGAGUAGCGUUAAUGGUGUUGUGAUGGCUCUCCUACAUGGGACACUUCAGACCUUUUGGGACAUCUACAAAAUGCUACCAGAGCAAUACUACAAGCAAAGUAAGUACACAUUUGAAUCUUGGCCAAAAUAUUGCUGCUUAAAUUGACUAUAAAAUGCAUUAUUUUUGAACAUCUUAUCAAAGUGUUGCCUUUGGAAGUGGAACUUGGAGCAACAGUGCAUUGUCUAAACUGUCUCUACACGCCACCUCUGUACCUUUAUUAUGUGAUUUCACUACUAUGGGAGAAGAUCAUGUUAUUGGCUUCACAGAAAGCUCAGAUUCCAUUCAAUGUAACAUCUACUCUUUGUCGCUUGUCACUUUCCUCAGCGUUGUUUGCAAAAGUAGUUGAAAUUUGUCAGGGAAAAUUUCAGAGAGAGGGGAGAAUAUCAUUAAAGAGCAUAUAUUAAAGUUAAUAAUCAUCAUGGUUCCCUUGAGGAUACUCAGAUUUACUCCAACAUAUCCAAAAGUGUAAAGAUGUAAAUUAUCUUUUGCAGAUGAAGGUAAAAAUGUCCAGGUAAUGGACAUUUGGGAGCCUCCGUAGAAAGGAUCCUUGACACGGGAGAAUGAGAGAGGAAAUGUCAUUUUCUUGUUCAUAGUAUAUAUAAAUGUAUUAUUCAUUAAUUUUCUGUUGUACAAUCAGAUGCAUUUGUGUAUAUAUGAUCUCUUUCUGUAACUAAAAAUGAUUUAGAUACCCUUCGUCUUGAGUGUAUAUUUUAAUGAAAAAUAAAUAAAUUUACAUGAGCUGCAAAAACAAA